ACUUUGGUAAUGGUAUUUAGUAUUAAUUUAUGAGUUACAGAUUCAAUUUUUAUGUUGCUUAAUCAAGAACAGAUGCAGACUGUGUAUAACUUUUAACCCUAAUUAUUGUAUUUUAUUUUAUUUUUGGCAUUUUUAAAUCUUAUGUGAUAAAGGGUUCUAUCAAUAGAGUGAGAGAGAAUUUGUUGUUGUCUGUCUAUGUAGCUAAUAGAAGAAAAGCACAUAAUGGCAGUCUUGUAAAUUUGUAAUCCUUUUCCAAUUCCCCUUUAAUUGAAAAUAAGUUAGGUUUACUUUUGGAAUCUUGACAUUGUGUAGCUAGAAGUGUUUAGAAUUACGAAGUUUCACUUACUUAUUAUCGAGACUCGUCCGUAAGUUUUUAGAAGUCGAUUUCCUCUUCGUAUUUGACGAUGAUCUUGAUUUUCUGCAUCGAACAGAUCUCGAUGAUUUUUGGCAGUUGGUUUUAAUAUAUUUUUUGUUUCGCAAUUGACGUGGCGAUAGGGAACAUUAAAUGCAUUCCGAUACUGCCCCUGUAGUUACGUCUAAAAUGGCGAUGGAGACAUCAACGAGUGGGGAUCAUUCGAGCAAGAAGAAUAAAGGGAAGGUCCCCAAAAGAAUUCACAAGUCCGAGAGAGAGAAGAUGAAGCGCGAACAUUUAAACGAACUGUUUCUUGCUUUAGCAAAUUCUCUUGAACUACCCGACGAGGAUAACAGUAACGGUAAGGCCUCUUUAUUGACUGAAGCCACUCGACUUGUGAAGGAGAUGCUGACUCAGAUUGAUUCUCUCAAAAAAGAAAAUGCUGCAUUGUUGUCCGAAUCCCAAUACGUGACUGUAGAGAAGAACGAGCUAAAAGACGAAACUUCUACUUUAGCGGCUCAAAUCGGCGAGCUACAGACGGAGCUCAAGUCUAGGGUUUCCGAUUCGGAACUCGACCUGAAUGUGGUCCCCCCAGAAUAUCACAACCAUGGGGCGGCAUCGCACGGUACUACUGGGGGGUGGGGCCCACUCGCGCCAGCUGGACAUCCGCAAGUACAAAUCGUAAGUCCUCUACAAUUUGCCGCAUUGUGCUCGAACAUUCAAGCUUAUUCGGAGGUCGAUAAAGAACAAACCGAGUCGAGUCAUAUUUCGACUGUGAGCAAACCGCACGCUCGAUACCCUACCCCGGCCGAUAAAUGGCCGUCUCAGGUUCUAGAAAACCAGCCCGUGUUAGGAAAACGAGGUAGUGGAAAUAGCAAUUAGUAGUACUUUUAAAAUUGUGGUCGAUAGCAUAAUAGCAAAAUUAUUAUAUCUAUGUAUGAACGAGAAAAUGCCCGUCUGUAUAUCUCCGUAACACUUGAUUUCUAUUUAAUAAUCCUUUUUUCUUA